ACUUAUGAAAUAUUAGUUUCGCUUAAAGCAUCAUGGAUUCCGACUAGCAGAAACAACGUCAACUUGACUUUAACGCACAAAAAAUGUUUAAACUAUUUUAGAUGUAUGUUAUGUUGUCCGUUUACAAAUCUGAAUAUGUGGCUGAAGUCAACUUUUAACAAUUCAAUGGCAAGAUUCAAUAGUCAAAGCAGGGCCAGGAAGAUCAUAAUUGGAUUCAUUCUUCUUCUUAUGUUCAUGUAUUAUCUUGUUCCCAAGUUCCUUGGCUUUGGAUAUCACAGCAAUUCACCUGAUGGAGUUGGAGCUUGUUUAAGCGAUAAGCUGUCAAAAUUUCAGCAUGAAAUAGACAAUUUUGAUGCAGUCACUAAUUUUGUGCCACAAAUAAUUGGAAAGAAAAACUAUCCAGCUUAUGUUGGGAAUGGCUUUGUGGGUACCAGUUUUGACAGCUUUAAUGGUGUGUAUGUGCGCUUAAACCGUGCCCUCUCAGUGGUCAUACCCUACUACCCGGUGGUGAGUGUGAGCAUGGAACACGCAACUAAAGAAGAAGUGGAUGUAUUGCAAAUAAGACAUGGCUUAGCUACAAGAAUACAGGUGUUUAAUACUAGAUCAAAAUGUGUAACAGUGGAGACAGAGAUGUACGCCCACAGGUUGCGCCCCUCCUUGCUGGUGCAGGAGUUGACAUUUCACAAUCCAACCAAACAAAAUGUGGUCCUAGAACUUGACCAGGGGCUUGCCUCAGGCUGGAAUGAUGCUCAAACAGUCUCUGACAGUGCUGCCAAUUCUGUUGGCUCCAAGGUUUCUUUCUCCCUCACCACAGGCAUGAUCAAGAUAGAGAACAGUGCAGACAGCAACCUCUAUAUAGGGUUGGCUGUAGCCUCCACAGGGGUACCAAGCAAAAAUGAAAUCUUUCCAGGAAAGACCACCACACAGCAUGUUCUCACAAGUAUACACUACACCAAGGCCCUGCCUCUGGAGGCUGCUAGAGCUCAAAUACUCAGCCUGAAGAAACAAUGUAGAGAGGAAAUAACAGCUGCACUAAAGAUGGAUUCCAAAAUAUUGAAAGAUGAGCAUGUUAACCUAUGGAAUCAGCUGUGGAGGAGUGGGUUCAGUAUCAGCUACUCAAAGGCAGCUGACGCUUUGAACGGUGAGAAGAUCAACAGCACAAUGUACUACGUGCUGAGCAAUGUGCCCGCGCCCCUCCACGACCCCAAGGUGAGCCCAGAAGAGGUGCUGGACCUGAAGAAGACCCUGCAUUACCCGGACCAGUGCUACAAGGAGCACACAUCACUGCACUCGACAACGCUUUGGGUGGAUGCUGAGAAUGAGGACAGUAUCGCACGUAUAGUGACUACAUGGAUCAUUACACUGGAGAAACAGGGCUGUCAACGCAUGAUAUCUGCAGGUGUGGAGGGAGUCCUGCAGGCCAUGCUGCUAAGCAUCGGUUCCCUGCACUAUGGAGACGACCACCUGGAGAUGAGGCUGCACCCCAAGGACACGCACCGAGACUUCAACUUCCAUCGCAUCAACUACGGCAACAACACCCACAUGAACAUCUCUGUGCUGGUUGACGAGAACAACAAGGCAAAUAUAUUUGUGUCCCUCGAUAGGAACGACCGGCCUUACUACGCCUGUGACGCUGGAUGUCUGGAUCCACCUGUGCCACUCAGCAAAACCUGGUCCAAGUUUCCUGUCAAACUGACAGAGCCUCUGACAGCCAUACUGUAUGUGACAGCUGACAAAACUCAUAUGGAAGAACUUAAACAUGCUAUACACGUGAAGGAAAUAGCAGAAGCCCCCGCCCAUGAGCACCAUGUGAUAGCGCUGCACAAACAUGGGCACCACUUCGGGGGCCUUCCCACCAUCUUCUGGGUUUCAAUCGCCUUCCUGGUCAUCGUCUUUCAUCUGUUCCUGUUCAAGCUCAUCUACAAUGAGUAUUGCCAGGCCCAGGAACGAUACACCAGGUCCAGAUACAACUUAUAGCACCUGCAGCAGCAGAACUUGUAAAGUUUGACCCAGGAACGAUACACCAGGUCCAGAUACAACUUAUUGCACCUGCUGCUGCAGAGUUUAUCAGGUGUAGUAGAAUGUGUGUAGUAAAAAAUUACUAUUAAAUGUUGUGGUAUUGCAGUAGUGGUGCAAUGCUCUUGUAUGAUAUUCCAAUCUGUGUUUGGGUGGUCAGUGUACAACAAAGCAGGUUGGAAGGAUAAUACAGAGGAAUUGCUAAUCAGGGUACUUACUCUUUUUUUAUGAUAGUAGGAUGAAGAUAUACUAUCAGACAGAAUAUUUUUGCUCAAAGAGUUAUAUGCUAUUUAGGCAAUAGACCAUAAAGUUGAUAAAAAUAGGCUGUCCUGUAAGCUGAAUGUGUCUUGAGUCUUUUAGGAUGAUUCAGAAACUUACCAAUUAUAAUCAAAUUAAGUGUAAACUGUUGUUUAUUAGUCACUGCUCAAUUCACUGUGCUAUGGAGCUGCAUAAAUGAAUGAUUCCUUUAACAAUAAAAAAAUAGAUGACAAACAGCAAUGGAUGUUUUAUUUAAAUUUUAUUUGCUACAAAUAUUUGAGCAAUAAGUAUGUAGUGGCAUACAUAACUUAACUGUCAAAAUAGUUUCAAAUCUUAUUCAUUAUUAGUUUCUUGUUUGUUACAAGAUAAUGUUUUUCAAUGAAAUUAUUGAUUAUUCUUCUCAAUUUAACUUAUGUGGUUUAUUACUGUGAUAUUGUUGUUGUUAAUGAUUUAUUGUUUCUUAAGAAAUGCACUAUGUGAAGUUACUGUUUUAUAAAUACAUGUGUGUACAAAUGAAGCUGCUCAUGCAAACACAAUAGUCAUGGUGAUGAGGCAUGGUGCUUACAUGGUGUGUGUAGGUAGCUAACAUGCAGAUCUAGCUUAGGCCUGCACAAUCAUUUAAGUGCAUACCUUAAAUGUUGAAAACAUGGUUUCAUGCUAUUGCUAUGUAUUUGUUGAAUGUGGACCUCUUUGACAAGUACAUGCUUAGCCAUGUUAAUGGGUUUACGUGCUAUGUAUUUCAAAUAGUUACGUUUUGCUGGAAAUUUUAUAUGCACAUAAAGAGACAAUGAGGUCAUGUUUCUAUAUAUAGAGGUGUGUAUGUUGUAUAUAAUUAUGGGAACACAAUUAUCUAUUUAUAAUCAAGUUUGAUAUGCCCCUAGCAUUAGCAGAUACCACAAGUCAUAUAUAAAUAUGGGCCUGUCCAUGACUUCUUUAUUCUGUCUGCUCAAGGUAAAUGACUUGUUUUGUCUUCAUAAAUAAUGCUUCCUACAAUGCUUUGAUACUUAAAUGGAUAUUGUCUUUGAACUAUGUAAACAGGCCCACAUCACCUGACUCAAAUUGACCAACGUUAAAUAGCAGAACUUCUUACUUCAAAGCAUUGAUUCUUCCAUUCAACACUCAACACCCACAUCACCUGACCUCAUUUUGACCCUGACAUUGACCUACAUUUGAACUUAUUCUUAUUCAAUGGAUCAAUCACUCAAUUCUGACAAGGCUUUACUCGGGGCAUAUGAAAUUAUUCAAUGCAGCAUCUUGUAUUGAUUUAAUUAUAUUUUUGUUAGCUAUUUAUGGUCUUCAAAUUGAAAACAUCAUACUGUUUAUAUGACAUUCCUCAUUUAUACUUUAAAACAAAUACAAUAGACAGCAGCAGUAAAGGCGCAUAUUUUUUAUGUCCCCUACCACUGUAGUGGGGGACAUAUUGUUUUUGCCCUGUCUGUUGGUUCGUGUGUUUGUUUGUUUGUUUAUUUGCCCCAACUUUAACAUUUGCAAUAACUUUUGCAAUAUUGAAGAUAGCAACUUGAUAUUUGGCAUGCAUGUGUAUCUCAUGGAGCUGCACAUUUUGAGUGGUGACAGGUCAAGGUCAUCCGUCAAGGUCAAAGGUCAAAUAUAUAUAGCUUCAAACCGGCGCAAAAGGGGAAAUAUUGUUUCUGACAAACACAUAUCUUGUUUCUAAAUAUUGUAAAUUCCCUUUGACUUUUUUAAAACUUAAAACUUUUUUUAGUCAUAUAACUAUCAUCUUUUUGAUUCUUUUUGAAAAACAGCAAAAAAUACUUUUUUGUGGAAAAACUUAAAUAUUUUCAAAUACUUCUUGCAUGUUCCUCCUAUUGUAAUGAACAAAAUUUACUUAAUAAUCAUGCAUUUUUGUAUGUAUUCAGUCAAAUGAUGUUAAGUUAUUGAUUCCCCCAUUUAAAGGAAGGGGGGGGGUUAUAGGAAUGCAUUUUUGUUCAUUCCUCUGUCUGUCCGAACAUUUUCCUGUCUGCUUGGUAUCUCCUACCCUUUUGACAGAGUGUCAUGAAACUCGCAUAUUUCCGCAGUUAAAAUGCUUUAUUAAAGGUCUGAUUCAGUUAUACAGGUAGAAGGUCAAGUUGGUACUUCAAGGUAAAAGGUUUGAUCCACCAUCAGAGUGUCUGCUCCAUAUCUCCGAUACUCUUAAGGAUUUUCGUGCAAUUUGCAUCAAAUGUUAAGGACAUUGAGACAAGUCAGAAGGCAUGAGUGAGUCACGAUGGCCAAAAGUCAAGGUCCAACAUGAGUGAGUCACGAUGGCCAAAAGUCAAGGUCCAACUUUAAGUGCAAAGGUGUUAGCCCCCACAGUUGUGUCUGCUAUACAUCUCCUAUACCCUUUAAUACUUGAAGGUCAAAAGUUAUGUUUUGUUUGAUCAUCAGUGUCUGUGAAACAUAGCUUGUUUAGUAUAUGCUUCAUAUCUCCUAUAACCAUUGAAGGAUUUCCAAUAAAUAUUUACAGAAAGUGUGUCAUUCAGAAGUCAUGACUCGAGUGUUAUACUCACUGUUAAAAUAAUUUUUCAAUGGGGGAUAUAGUUGUCUAUAUUAUACUGCCUUGCUUGUGAUUGGGUUUUCAGCUUACAUGUAUAUACACAAAACAAAAUUGUUCAUUCCUGGGCUUGGUUUCUAACAAUUGUAAUACUGGUUUCUAACAAUUGGUAUCAAAUUAUGCUUACAUCUGUUAAAAAUUGCACUAAAUUAUUUAAACAAAGAAAACACACUGAUACUUUAUAAUUGAACCUGUUCUGUGUAUACUGUUUUGCUGAUAUUUGAAAUAUGAGUUACUUGUAAUAAUAUUUUGUAACCAGAUUUUCCAACAAGUUAUUAGAUUGAUGUAUGGCAGGCGGUGUAAACCUUUAUUCUAUAUUAGCCUAUCUUUAUGAAACUUUGGAAAUAGCAAGCUUGCAUGGAUAUCUAUCUUGUGAAUGUAUUUGGGGCGUGUCAGGUCAAAGUCCUUCUUAGUAAAAAUUGUACUAAACAUCUGACUUAAUAUCUUUGGUUUUGGAGGGAGGUAUAAUGCUGCAUUUUUGUGACGGUAGCUUACCUUCAAACUUAGCUCAGGAUGGCACUGUUAUUUAAAUAAAAUUCAUGUCUUCAAAGUUGAAAAUUUGUUUUUGCUGCAAGUGCCAUGUUUCUUUUAUUUACAUCAUGAUCUAAAAAUUAUGAGCUGUUUGAAUAAUUAGCAUGUUUGAUAAACUAGGCCCAGACUAUUUGUUACUAGAACAGAUGAGCAGCAAUGGAACCCUGCUAUUGUAGGUGUUCAAUCUACAAUCAUGUGUAUGGAGUAUGCCAAACUAGCUGAAUUAGUUGGCUGCCAUGGAUGCUCUGGGUUUGUAUCAAUUAUCUUGAUAUACAUGUAAUGUAUACUUUGAUGUAUUGUUUUGUAAAAAAGUUUGUUUUUUGUCUUGUUUGAUAUUUUAAGUCGGGCUGGUUAUUCGUGGCUUCUGUGAAUAGUGGUUAUUUAAAGUUUUAUUAUGUAAUUACAAGUUAUAUGUUUUAAUUGUUUAGUUCAUGAAAUCCAUCCAGCCCAUGUCUUUUCACUCCAUCAGAUAUGCGAGAGUGCUUUACUUGGUUUAAUUGGAAUUAUGUAUUAAUGAUUAAAUAUAGGAAAAAAGUUUAUCUUUAGUGGAAGUUGUUCUCAUGGUUAUUUAAGAAUAACAUGAAGCUGCAUUUUUCUGACAUCAUUUGCAGUUUUUUUAAUUUUGUUUACUCAUUUUAAUAUGUUUUCUUUUCGUAUCUAACUGUUGUGUAUAUGAAUUACGCUCCCUGAAUUGAGCUGACUUCAUUCAUUACAUUUUAAUCACUCCUGUUAACCCUUUGCAUGCUGGGAAAUUUGUCGUCUGCUAAAAUGUCGUCUGCUGAAUUUGUAAAAUAAGCAUUUUCUUCAUUUUUUCCCAAAGAAUACUAUCAGAAUAGCAAACAGUUUGGAUCCAGAUGAGACGCCACGUUCUGUGGCGUCUCAUCUGGAUCCAAACUGUUUGCAAAGGCCUUUAAAAUUCAGCUCCAGCGCUUUAAGGUUUAAACUACAUUCCAAACAUAACUGGCAUGUAUUCACCAAACACCCUUAUAAUGCAUUACGUUCAUAUAACUGGAUGUCGUUUUGUGGUACUAUUAGUAUGGGUAUUAUAACUUUUUUCAAACCAUAUCCUUUGACAAUUUAAUAUUUUGUUCAUGUUGGAUAUGUUCUGUAUCCAUUUAUUGUAAAUACAGGGACUUAUUUAUGCAUUUAAAAUAAAACAAGAACAAAACUG